GUGCGCCAUGACCGCCAUAGGACAAGUGCUGGCCUGUUAUGACUCAGACAACAAGUUCCCUGCCUACGGCUUUGGUGCACGGUUGCCCCCAGAUGGAGAAAUAUCGCACUGUUUCCCACUUAAUUGGAACGAAGAUCAGCCAGAGAUACACACCAUCGAGAGAGUGGUGGACCACUACGCGCAAACAGCACACGGGGUGCAGUUCUUUGGGCCAACCCACUUUGCAGAGAUUGUAGAUAAAGCCAUCGACUACAGCAAGGGAUGCACGGCGAAGGAGCAGAAGUACACCAUCCUGCUGAUUCUAACAGAUGGCGUCAUCCAAG